AUGUUUCUCAUCCAUGCAUUUGCGUUUGGCGUUGCGGCUGCAGCCGCCUUCCAAGCGCCUUUUGAGAGCCCUCAGCAGUACGAUAGUGGCCUAUUCGUACCAUUCGAAAGCCUGAGCCUGCUCUCGGAGUCAAAAUUUACAACCCUUGGACACCCCGCUUUCCCCAACCAUAGUGUUCGUAUCAAAAAAUCCUCUUUUUGCGAUCCUACCGUCCAGGGUUACACUGGCUACAUCGACAUCCAGGCUCGACACCUAUUCUUCUAUUUCUUUGAAAGCCGCAACGACCCGACUACUGAUGACCUUAUUUUCUGGACAAACGGCGGACCAGGUUGCUCUUCUUCGGUCGGUUUAUUGAUGGAACUUGGACCCUGCAGAGUGUCGGACUCCAACACAACAACAUUCCAUCCCGAAAGUUGGACAUCAUCCGCCUCUGUCUUCUUCGUUGAUCAGCCCAUUGGCGUUGGCUUCUCUUAUGCUGACUACGGAGAGACUGUGGGUACAACUGAAGAUGCUGCCAAAGACAUAGCAGCCUUUAUGUUUAUUUUCUUCGAGCAUUUCACGCAAUUCAAGGGUCGGGCGCUGCAUAUGGCAGGAGAGUCCUAUGGAGGCCGCUACGUACCCGUAUUUGCGGCAGAGGUUUACGACCAGAAUGCGCAACUCGUCAAAGCAGGCUACACGCCCAUCAACCUCCAGUCAGUCAUGAUAGGAAACGGACUCACUGACUAUUUGCAUCAAAUCGCAUCUUCCUUUGAUAUGCAAUGCACAUCAGCCUCAGUUCCAGCUUUUACAGACAUUGCAACUUGUGUUCAGAUGAAAAAAAUUAUUCCACGGUGCCUGGAUCGAGCAAAAAGUGCUUGCGAAGACCACUUUGACACGAUUGAUUGCCAGGCGGCCAUGACUUUCUGCGCCACGUAUCUUGAGGAGCCAUUCGCCGCAACAGGACUCAACCCAUAUGAUGUUUCGCAAAAGUGCGAGGGUGAACUGCGGGAAAGCCUGUGCUAUCCCAUCAUCAAGGAUAUAACAGCUUACCUUGAUCGUCCUCACGUCCGUGCCGUACUUGGUGUGGACCCAUCGCUGACUUCCAACUUCUCGACCUGCUCCUACGGAGUCGGUUCUGCGUUUGAGCGAAAUCUGGAUCAUUUGAAGAGCACACAAUACUAUGUCGCCGCACUACUUGAACGCAAUGUUCGCGUUCUGAUUUACGUGGGAACAUACGAUUGGAUCUGCAAUUGGAAAGGCAACGAACGGUGGACUCUUGCGAUGGAAUGGAGCGGGCAGGAGGAAUUCGUCCAACAAGGGCUUCGGCCGUGGGGUUUCAAAGGCCAAAAUAAUCGUAUCGGUUUAGUCCGUAACGCAAAAGGGUUAACCUUUGCGACUAUCGAAGGGGCUGGACAUAUGGUUCCAUAUGAUAAGCCGAAAGAAGCAUUAGAAAUGGUUCAACGCUGGCUCGCUGGCAAGGCCUUGUAA